AUGCCGUCCUCCACGUUCUACCGCAACUAUGGUAAGACGUUCAAGAAGCCGAGACGUCCGUUCGAGAAGGAUCGCCUCGACGCCGAGUUGAAGAUCGUCGGUGAGUUCGGCCUUCGCAACAAGCGAGAGUUGUGGCGCGUGCAGUUCGCCCUUAACAAGCUCCGCAACGCCGCUCGCGUGUUGCUUACGCUUGAUGAGAAGGACCCGAAGCGCAUCUUCGAGGGUGAGGCUAUCAUUCGCCGCAUGCGCGCGUAUGGUUUGUUGGACGAGACGCAAGACAAGCUCGACUAUGUCUUGGCGCUCACGCCGGAAACCUUCUUGGAACGCCGCUUGCAGACGCUCGUCUUCAAGCUUGGCCUGGCCAAGUCCGUGCACCAUGCGCGUGUCUUGAUCCGCCAGCGCCAUAUUCGCGUCGGCAAGCAAAUCGUGAACGUGCCGAGCUUCUUGGUGCGCACGGAUAGCCAAAAGCACAUUGACUUCGCGCUCAACUCGCCGCUGGGCGGCGGCCGACCGGGUCGCGUGAAGCGCAAGCGCGCGGCUGCCGCCGCGGGCGGUGACGACGAGGAAGAGGAAGAAUAG